AUGGAGCAGGUAUCGCACCGCCAGUUGUUCAAUACAUCAUGGACCAUUCAUCGUCUUUCUCCUCUCCACCACGGGAAGGACUGCGAGACCCUCCUCGACAACCAAGCCGCGUUGAAGGUUUAUGCAGCGCGAUUACGCGACCAACUCACCGGCGACAUCCUCGCUGGACUUCAUUCCAGCGCAACUACAGCAGAGGAUGAUGCGCUCUCAAAAACAGGCGCGUUACGAAGAUGCCAUUGGCUUCCUAUCUCCACGGAGUCUUCUGCAGGACGCGCUACCUUUCCCGGAAUUCUGGUGACGCUGGAAUAUGAGAACAUCAUCUAUAAAGCGGCUCUCCUUGCGGAUCCGAAUAAUACUUCUGGAUUGAAUGAACGUGAAGGGUCUACGUUUCUACCGCUGCUGUUGACAAGGUUCCCAAAUGCCUUGCGACAGACCUUCAUUUCGUUCUUGUCGGCCAAUUUCGACACCUACUGCUCGACUCUGCGUCUCCCAUCUAACUUCCUGUGUACGGGUAUGGAGACGUUUAUUGAUGAGCUACGAGGGUUUGCUUCUCAAUCUACUGCGAAUGCCAUUAUCGAAGAUACGAUCAAGGAGCUCCAGCUUACGCUUGCAUUUUCGCCACCCAUUGCGCCAGCGCUGAGGUCUUUGAACAUUGGCAUUUCUCGGAACUCCUUGAUCGAUUUUUUGCGCGACGGUGUGGGGAAGUCCAAAGGAAAACAGAAAGCACGCAGCCCGUUAAUCUCAAAUCUGACGGCUUAUUUGGAGAAGCACUUGGCGAUGAAAUUGGACUCGGAUGGCUCAGCCGGGAACGAGGUGGCCAAACAUGUCCGGUUAUCGAAGGUUGCGUGUGCUGCUUUCGUGCUGGGAGGGGAAGGACGUAUGAAACUGGUUGUUGCUGAACAGCCCGAGGAUGAUGAGGAGAUUCUACCUGCUCAGCGGGCGAGUGAGACUUUGCUCCUUGCAGCGAUCCGCAAGGCCGUUAUUGGAGACCAGGCUGCGACAUGA